AUGUCUAACGCUGUCGGAGGGCCGUCUAUCGGCAUCGACUUGGGCACGACCUACUCUUGCGUCGGCGUCUGGCAGAACGAUCGCGUCGAGAUCAUCGCCAACGACCAGGGUAACCGCACCACUCCCUCCUAUGUCGCCUUCACUGACUCUGAGCGUCUUAUCGGCGACGCCGCCAAGAACCAGGUCGCAAUCAACCCGACCAACACCGUCUUCGACGCCAAGAGGCUUAUCGGCCGCCGCUUUUCUGACUCUUCCGUCCAGUCGGACAUGAAGCAUUUCUCGUAUGAAGUUAUCAACAAGGACGGUGACAAGCCGUUCGCCAGGGUCCUGUACAAGGGCGAAAAGAAGGAGUUCAGCCCUGAAGAAAUCUCCGCCAUGAUUUUGGGCAAGAUGAAGGAUGUUGCCGAGUCCUACUUGGGCAAGGAGAUCAAGACAGCCGUUAUCACUGUCCCCGCCUACUUCAACGACUCGCAGAGGCUGGCUACCAAGGAUGCCGGUACCAUUGCCGGUCUCAACGUCUCUCGUAUUAUCAAUGAGCCCACCGCCGCCGCCAUCGCCUACGGUUUGGACCGCAAGGCUGGAGGCCAGACCGCCAAGGAGAGGAACGUUCUCAUCUUCGAUCUUGGUGGUGGAACCUUCGAUGUCUCCCUCCUCACUAUUGAGGAUGGUAUCUUCGAGGUGAAGGCCACUGCUGGUGACACUCAUCUCGGUGGUGAAGAUUUCGAUAACCGUAUGGUCAACCACUUUAUGAACGAGUUCAAGAGGAAGAACAAGAAGGACAUUUCUGGCAAUCCCCGUUCCCUCCGUCGUCUUCGCACUCAGUGCGAGCGUGCGAAGCGUCAGCUGUCCGCCGCCACUCAGGCUACCAUCGAGAUUGACUCGCUUUUCGAAGGUGUUGACUUCUACUCCUCACUCACGCGUGCCAAGUUCGAAGAGCUCUGCAUGGACCUUUUCCGUGGUACCUUGGAGCCGGUUGAGAAGGUUCUCCGCGACUCAAAGAUCCCCAAGGCUGAUGUUGAUGACAUCGUCCUCGUUGGUGGUUCCACCCGUAUCCCUAAGGUCCAGGGUCUCCUCAUUGACUUCUUCAACGGCAAGGAACUCUGCAAGAACAUCAACCCGGAUGAAGCUGUUGCUUAUGGUGCCGCCGUCCAGGCUGCCAUCCUCGCCGGUGAUACUUCUGAGAAGACUCAGGAUUUGCUCCUGCUUGAUGUCACCCCGCUCUCUCUUGGUAUCGAGACCGCUGGUGGCGUUAUGACCGUCCUCAUCAAGAGAAACACUACUAUCCCGACCAAGAAGCAGCAGAUCUUCUCUACGUACGCUGACAACCAGCCUGGUGUGCUCAUUCAGGUCUUCGAGGGUGAGCGUACUCGCACGAAGGACAAUAACAUCCUUGGCAAGUUCGAGCUUUCGGGAAUCCCCCCAGCCCCGCGUGGUGUGCCCCAGAUUGAGGUUACCUUCGAUAUCGACGCCAACGGUAUUCUCAACGUUGGUGCUGAAGAUAAGAGCACCGGUAAGAAGAAUAAGAUCACCAUUACUAAUGACAAGGGUCGUCUCACAAAGGAGGACAUUGAGAAAAUGGUUCAGGAUGCCGAGAAAUACAAGGCUGAGGACGAUGCUGCCAAGGAGAAAAUUGAGGCACGUAACGCUCUUGAGAACUACUGCUAUACUCUCCGGAACACCAUCUCUGAGGAUAAGGUUAAGGAGAAGAUUUCCGACGACGACAAGAAGGCCAUUGAAGACAAGGUCGCAGAGGUCCUCGCAUGGAUGGAGGAGAAUGAGACUGCCGAGAAGGAGGAAUAUGAGCAGAAACAAAAAUCCGUCGAAUCUGUCGCAACCCCCAUCAUCACGAAGAUGUACCAGAGCGGCGAUGGCGCCGGAAUGCCAGGUGGCAUGCCCAACAUGGGUGGAGCCGCUGGCGCUGCACCGACUGCCUCGGGCGGUGAAGAUGUCGAAAUUUCCGAAGUAGACUAAUAGAGUUUUCCGAACUUAACACGCGAAUAUUUUUGACGCUCCGCCUGUGGAAAUAGAGCUUAGAAGCUGGAUGUCUUCAACCCUUGUAUCCGAAGGAACGUGCGAAACGUUCACUUUCAUCAACGUAAACAGUGUAACUUUUUGCA